CUUGGUAACACUUUUAGAUGGUCUAUCGUUUGUCGAUUAUUUAUUUGUUUUAGCACCAGUUUCUCGGGAGUUCUGGAUAAAAUGACUAGCUGCGUGCCAGCGCAGCAGCAAAAGGACCAGGAGCAGUUGCUAAAGGAACUGGCCAGCAGUGGCGACGAGAUGGACGACCCGGACGAUCCGGACCAGGAACACCACCAGCUGGUAGAGCCGACCUUCUCUUUUUCGAAUAGUAACACCUGCUGGGUGUGCAACGGCUACUAUGGGCCCAACUUCGGGGAACCGUUGUGUGGCGCCUGCCACGCCUUCCUUUACAACGCACAGCGGGCGGAGGAGAUGCUCACGGAGCUAUCCGACGACGAGGAUUCUGGGAACGACGAGCCGCCGUUCAAGGACAAGCAGGAGGAUGAGGAGACCGAAAACGACGUAGACAUCAUGGGCUUUGAGGAUCUGGAGGACCCCCAACCGGCAGCCGUGCCACAACAUCCAAAUCCGCAGCCACCAAUGGAGCCACAGGAUCAACAGCCAGCCCAACCAGUUAUAGAUUUGCCCCAGCCGGUGCCGGAGGCUGCGGCACCACGACGCGAGUCUCCUGAGCGCGACUUCGAGCACGAGAGAGCCAUAAAUCCCUUCCUGCUACCCAUUAAGCGUCCGCGGGCCACGGCUCCCUUGGCUCUGCCCCAUUACAUGCAUGAGCUGGCCGAUGGAAGGGCGCGAGUGCAUGAAUACAACGCCGCCAGCGGAAGCGGAGCAAGUGGCAGCAGCAGAAACAUUGUCAACAUAAUACCCGUCGAGGUGAUGCUGAAGAUAUUCGCCUAUCUGGACGACAUGUCGCUGUGGAUGGCUAGUGAAGUUUGCAAGCAGUGGCACCACAUUGUCGGGAAAAACACGGCCCAGAGCAUGUGGAAGGCGUAUAUCAAGCAGCGCUGGCCGCUGUUCGACAGUUUGGCGGACAAUCCCAACUGGUAUCGGCUGUACGGGGCACUGAUGUCUUCCUGCUUCUGUCGCACUUGCCUGAUUGAGAUGGGCGGUCGGGGUCAGGACGCACAGGAAGCAGAUCCACAGCUGGGCGACCGGGAGCCGGGCAACGUAAUGCGCAACAACUUCCUGCGCGGUGAAGCAAAUUUGUUGAACAGCUACGAAUCUGAGGGUAUAUCGGCCAUACCGCUGGAUCGACAAAACAACUACUGGCAGGCGACAAUCCUGGGGCCACCGGGCAGUCCCUACGAAGGCGGCAAGUUCUUCCUGUUCAUCUACUUCCCGGAGCGAUAUCCGAUGACACCACCCACAGUACGUUUCCUCACCAAAAUCCUGCAUCCAAAUGUGUCGCGGCAUGGAGAUGUGGGCAUCGACAUCUUCCAGCAGCACAACUGGUCUCUCGCGCUGAACGUGGCUAAGGUGCUGCUUUCGGUGCAGAGCCUGCUGACCGAUCCGUAUACCGAGGUCUGCAUGGAGCCGGAACUUGGAUACAUCUAUGAGCACGAGCGCGAACGGUUCGAGCAACUGGUGCGCGCGUGGACAUGGAAGUACGCCAUGUAUGAGCUAAUUGCACCGCGCUAGAAGAUCAAAAGCCCUCCAAGGACAAUGGACUGAAAGUUGGAAACUACCCCUCUUUACGUUGUAACUACAUAUGUCUGUGUAUUUAGCUUAGUUGUGCCAUCUGGAUUGUUUAUUUUGGCCUCCCCUCUCACUUUUCCUGCGCCCCAGGUUGAAACGUAGUCGAAAUUACUUAACCUUAUAAUAAAUGUAUGCUUUAAGUUA